GAGCCCAUCAUCCAUCCCACCCCCAUCCCAUCCCAUCCCAUCCCCUCAUACCCACAACAACAAGUUUCAAGAGCACCACGAAAUACGACCUGCCCGGUACCUCAACUCCACAAAAUAUCCGGAAUUGUCCACCUCGUGCGUCGCACAUCACAUCAAUCGAGGACAGAAUACGGAUCUGUCAAGGUGCAUUUGGGCAUUCCAAUCUCCAUUGGUGUUUGUUUCGAUUCCUACGGACAACCGACUGAAUCCUGGACACUCCUUUUCUCAAGAUUGUUUCGUGAGCUGCAUAUCGCUUCUCGUCUUCUUCCCCAGCUUCCUAUUGCUGCGCUGCUGCACUACUGCAUUCCCGCUAUUGCAUGUUAGAACGAGCCGAGGCGGCUACGAAUAAAUAGGAGUGGAAAAACAAAAUCCCUCACUUAAACAUUAGUUAACCUCUGCCGUGCCACAUUUGACAUGUCUUUCAAAGGCUAUCCCCAGUUUAUUCUAUUGGGCGAUUCCAUUGUGCAAUUCUCGAGUCAUCUGCGGGAUGGCUUUUCCUUUACUGCGGGUCUUGAAGAACAUUGUUCUAGGCGGCUGCAGAUAAUAAACCAUGGGUUGAGCGGGUAUAAUACCGAUAAUGCUGUUGAGAUCCAUCAGCAUCUCGUCCCAAAUCCAACCGCUGCAAAGGUUCCCUACCUGCUCAUCCUGUUCGGUGCGAAUGAUGCAUGCCUACCGGAUGGUCCUACGGGUCAACAUGUUCCAUUGGAAAUUUACAAGAAAAACAUUGAAAGCCUUCUCAAGAAUUGGAGUUCCAUAGCACAAUGCCCCACGAUUUUACUGGUUACACCGCCCCCUAUCAAUGAGGUUCAGCUUGAGGAACAAGACCUCCAGAAGGGGUAUUCUUCCCUCACACGAUCACAGGAUAAUACAGCCAAAUAUGCAGCUGCAGUUAGAGAAAUUGCCGGUGAAUGGAAAGAUCGAAAUGUAGUAUUAGUCGAUCUAUGGAAGGCUAUUUUGGUGAAAGCGGUGCAGAUGAGUCCAGAUAAUACCGACAACCUUGAAACAAUUGGCACCAAACGUGCUGGGGAUGAUACAGCUAUGAGGGCACUCCUCACUGAUGGUCUUCAUCUUUCUAGUGAAGGAUACAGAGUAUUCUUGGACGAAGUUAUACCAUUGGUUGGAAAAGAGUGGAAAGAAGAGCCCUUGGAUAGCCCCAGCUGGGUAUUUCCACACUGGACAGUAGCUCCUAAAUUUAGUCGUUAAACGGAAUGCAUGCAUGAUGCAUAGAAUGGUGUAGGUGGUCUUUUCUUUGAUAGAAUAUACAUGCAAGGAAGACUUCUAGAUUAUUGGGAUCAAGUAGAGACAUCUCACCUCCUUAAAUAUUGAGUUAUGGAGGGUUGAUUAGCUUCACGGGAGAGUAUUUAAGAAUCAAAACGUAGUUUACA